AUGAACGAAGAAGGCGGAUAUCUCGGUGCAAUGACCUACCAGUGCCUUUACAAUCCUGUUCUAGAGCGCCUCAGGUUUUUUUUUAACUUUCUAGAUCAGAUUCAUUGUGGGAUAACAUAACUGAAUCAGAUUAGUAGAAACUAUUUGAGUAACUAUCCGAAAAUUGAAAGUUUUCUACUCCUUUUUCAGGAACGCCAAUCGAGACGACCCUCGAGCCUACUCUUCAAUUAAUGUCAGUUGAUUUCAUAAAAUUGGUGAUUAUUUUCUGAAAUUUAAGAAAAUCCACUCGGCGCUAACUACCUGCGAGAAUGCCUCGCCUUCUUUCCUAUUUGAUUUGACGAAAAUAAUUCUUGACGAUUCGGAGCUGAACGUCAAUCUACAGGUUUUUCAAAAAUCAUCAUCCUCUGAGAAUCGACUGAAACAGGAAUCUUAUCUGCGGAUGCACGACUCUUCGCCUACGAAUGACCUCGUUGUGGCAGGUUACGAACACGUUGAAGAGUACGAGGAACUUACCAAAAGGUUCGAUUUUUUGUUCCUCGGUUAAGGCUCUAUGGCUGGAUUUUCAGGGCGAUAGAGUUGCGACGAGUUCUGUCGCGGGUUCCCGAUGAAAUGUCAGAUCGACAUGCUUUUCUGGAAACGAUCAAACUCAUCGCGUCUUCCAUCAAAAAGCUCUUGGAAGCCAUCAACGCUGUCUACAAGGUCGUGCCUCCCAGCGCUCAGCAAGGUUUGUCUCUUUCAGACUCAUUUUUUAUGUCGUAGUUUCUGUUUGAUAUUGAUUUGAGUACUAUGGUUCAUCGUCAUAUGAAAAUAUAGGAAAGGCAAAUAUUUUUCGAAGUUUCAAUAAUGCGAAGCUGGUUUGCACUAAAACUUCAAGUAAAAAGUGGAAAAAGAUCCUUUUAACCAAAUCUUUAGAAAAAAAAGGAGAUUUCGCGUUCAUUGUAAAUUUUGAAAACAAAGUCACCUAGAACACGCCAUAAUUUGCAUUUCUUUGUAAAUUUUUCCAGAGGAAAAAUCAAAAUCUUGAAAGUUUAUCUAAAACGUUUCCGUUAGUCCACGAACUUCUAUCUCUUCAGCUGUCGAAAAGAGAAAACGCGAGUUUGUCCACUACUCGAAACGGUUCAGCAACACCCUCAAGACGUAUUUCAAGGAUCAGAAUGCUAAUCAGGUUUUUCUCUCCCUUAUUCUACUUUGGUGAGGAAAAACUUCAAUCUGAUUCUUCGGUCGCUAAGGAUAUUGUUACACUGUUAGCUUAGGAUUAUGCAAAAAAAAGGAGGUUUAGACGCCUCAGUGGUUUUUCACUGUCUUAAGUUAGCGCGAGUGGGAAGAAAAGUAACCAAAUUUUAUUUUUCCACGGAGUAAUUUUUUAUCUUUUUUUUUUUAAAUAGUUUCUUGGAUUUUUUUUUUUAGAUAAUGGGCUGUCUGCAAUUUGGAAUUUUAAAAAUCUCUUUUCCAUACUCAGAUUUUUCCAUUCUUGCGAUGAAUCUUUGGCGCUUCGAGCUAAUUAGGAAACGAAAAAAAACUCCUUCAUUUAUAUAUCAAAGCGGAGAUCUUCCAAAAAUUCUGGAAAAAGUCACUGUGGCGCCAUAAUUAGCUCUUAAAGACACAGUGGCUCUUCUUCGAAAGACAUAGCUGAAUAAUUUGAAAGUCAGAAGAGACAUUCCGCUUCCGAUCUGUCGAUCACGUUCUGAUAACUUUCAGGUUAGCGUUUCUGCAAAUCAGUUGGUUUUUCAAACAACUAUGAUUGUACGCACGAUAAACGAAAAGCUCCGCCGUCUCUAG